AUGGAAGCGCGUCACGUCUGGCAUGAGUCACGUGACAACGCUGUUUAUCUCCUCCGCAUCAGAUCACUCUUUCUCCUCAUCUGUUUUCCUCUCUCCCUCGCCGCCGCCGUUUCAUCCGUUCACACUACACACUCUACCCUACAAGGCAAAACCGUUACUGUUAACUCCGCCGUUAUCGCCGUUAGGGAUAAUUGGAAACGCCCGUUCGUCACAUCCAUCUUUGUUUACGUCAUUAUGUUGACUUUCUCUCCCGUGCCACGUGUCAUCGCUUCGGUAUUCGUGUCGCCGGAGUCGCGGUUUGUUAUUAUGGCGAUUGGGACGGUUAUUGAGGUUUAUUUGAUGGCGGUUAUGGGUUUGGGCUUGGUGGUAUCCGUCGUGGAAGAGAGAUUCGGAUGGGAUGCGAUUUGUGUCGGGUCGGGUUUGAUGAAGGGAAAGAGGUUAAUAUUCGGGUGGCUACUUUCGGGUUUGUUCGUUUUGGUUUCGGGUUUAAUUAAUUGGAGAAUGGAAGUGUUUUUGGAGGGUCCAAAUUCGGAGAUUAGUGUUUGGGAUAAAACGGUUUUGAUUUGUUCGUAUGGGUUUACAGUGCUUUUGAGUUAUGUUGUUACUACUGUUUUUUACUGUGAUAGUAGAAUGCGUCAUGCCGUUAGAGAACCACAAGCACAGGAUCUAGAUGAUGAUGAUGAUUGUGUUUUGCUUUCAUCCUCUCUGUAA